GUCUUCAACACUCUAACCUUUGGUUUUCCUUCUUCACAAGUAUCUCUUAAUCUUCUUUUGGACAUUCAUGUGUUCGCUCUCGUUCUAAAAGCAACUCCUUUGAUCAAAGACAAAAAUUGAGAGGUCUUGGGGGUUGUAGGAAGUUAGUUUUGAAAGAUGAAGCAAUUGUGGGUAGCAAAGGAAGAUAAGAAGAAAGAGAGAAUCGUCAAAGGGAGAGAUCUACUCGAUGUUGUCUUUUCGUGGUCUGUUCUUGAUGUCUUAAACUCAAAUCUUUACAAGGGAAAGGUCGGGAAGAUUCCUAAAACAUUUCCGUCAACCGUAGAGUAUUUGGAGUCAUUUGUUAAUCCGCUUAUUGAAGAGACACAUGCUGCUUUGUUGUCAAGUAUGGAAACGUUACGCCGUGCACCGGUUUUCAAAAUCCGGGAAAUCAAACCAUCCAAAGAUUUUAAACCUCCAAAGGAUCUCAAUUAUGAAGUUACUUUGGAGGUAGUGUCUGAUAUUACGACUAAUGGAGCUCGAAAGCAGCUAGAGGUCAAUGAUCUUAUUGCAGUGACGUAUAAGAAGCCUAUUCGAAUCGAUGAUUUGAGAUGUUCCAAUGAGCCUUACUUGCUGGCUCUUGUUUGGCAUGUAGAUGAAGAUUUUCCUCAUUUGAUAACUAUUAUGGCUUCAAAACCAAUCGUUUAUUUCGAGGAUGAUUACACGCAAAGGACAAAGAAAGGACAAGUUGUGAGGAAACACCUAAACCUCUUUGGGGUUUACUUGAUCAACAUGAUGACGAAUAUUCGUAUUUGGACGGCGUUGCAUCCAAAUCCAGGAGGAAACUUGAAGCUGAUUUCAAGAGUGCUUCAAAGCAACAAUGAGGUUGAUGGAGAGACUUGUGUUAUCUGUAAAGAAAACAGCGAGAGUGCAGUGUCACAUCAGUCUGUGCGAAUGCUUCGUUCAUUCAAACUGAAUUCAUCUCAGGAAGAAGCGAUUUUGCGCUGUCUAGAAGCUAACGGUUGCUGCCAUUCCAACAAUAUCAAACUUAUAUGGGGACCGCCGGGCACGGGGAAGACGAAAACAACAAGUGUUCUGCUUUUGAACCUUCUGAAAAUAAGAUGUAGGACAUUGACUUGCGCUCCAACUAACAUAGCUGUUUUGGAAGUUUGUUCAAGGCUUGUGAAUUUAGUCUCUGAGUCAUUAAGCUUUUAUGGGUAUGGUCUUGGAGAUAUCGUGUUGUUCGGUAAUAAAGAAAGGAUGAAAAUCAAUGAUCGGAAAGAUUUGUCUGAUGUCUUCCUUGACUACCGAGCGGAAGAGCUUUUUAAUUGUUUUCAGGCUGUGACUGGAUGGAGAGCUAAUGUAAACCUCUUGAUAUGUUUGCUCAGUGAUCCGAAAGAAGUGUAUAAGCACUACUUGGUCAAAGAGGAAUGUGCUAAGCAAAAAAACAAAUAUUGCGUAAAUGAAACACCUCUGUCUUUUGAGGAAUUUGUACAGAAGAGGUUUAACAUACUAAGAGGUGAGCUGCAGCAUCAGUUUCCAACUUUGUGUCUGCAUUUACCAACUACCGUGCUCUCCUUUCGAGUGGCUGAGAAAAUGUAUGGGACUAACGAGCUCCUCCGUGGUAUCAAGAUUUCGGAUAUCAUGGGAAAUGGUAAAGAAGAUGACACAUUGGAGAAUGAUUCAAGAAAGAAAGAUUGUCUUGAGAUGUUGACAUCGAUUUGUGGAAGUAUCAAACUUCCGGAUUUCAUAUCAAAGAUCGGACUUAAAGGACUCUGCUUAGCAAACGCAUAUCUGCUUUUCUGCACAGCAUCAAGUUCUGCUAAGUUACACUUGAGUAGUCCAAUACAACUUCUUGUGAUCGACGAAGCGGCUCAGUUAAAAGAAUGUGAAUCGGCGAUUCCUUUGCAGCUUCCUAGACUUAAACAUGCAAUUUUGAUCGGUGAUGAGAAGCAGUUGCCUGCAAUGAUCCAAAGCAAGAUUGCUUCAGAAGCUGAUCUUGGUAGGAGUUUAUUUGAAAGAUUGGUGUUGUUGGGGCAAAAUAAACAGUUGCUGAACAUGCAAUACCGGAUGCAUCCUUCGAUUAGUAUUUUCCCUAACCGAGAGUUUUACGAUAUGAAGAUUUUGGAUGCUCCUUCUGUGAGAGUGAGAAGUUAUGAGAAAAAGUUUCUUCCUGAGAAAAUGUAUGGACCUUACUCUUUCAUCAACGUAGCUUAUGGAAGAGAACAGUUUGGAGAAGGUUACAGUUCGAAAAACAUAGUGGAAGUCUCUGUUGUGGCUGAGAUAGUCUCAAAGCUUUACUCAGUAUCAAGAAAGACGGGAAGAUCGAUCAGCGUAGGUGUGAUUUCACCUUACAAGGCUCAAGUGUUUGCAAUCCAAGAAAGGAUAGGUGAAAAGUAUAAUACUGGAGGGUCAUUCACAGUGAGUGUUAGGUCCGUAGAUGGGUUUCAAGGUGGUGAAGAAGAUAUUAUAAUAAUCUCAACUGUUAGGUCUAAUGGUAAAGGAGCAAUUGGUUUUUUAUCUAACCAACAAAGAACUAAUGUAGCACUGACACGGGCUAGAUAUUGCUUAUGGAUUCUUGGAAACGAAGCGACUUUAACGGGAAAUAAAUCAGUGUGGAGGCAGUUAGUAGAUGAUGCGAAAGCAAGAGAUUGCUUUCAUGAUGCAGAAGAUGAUGAGUCAUUAGCUCAGUGUAUUAAAAGAUCAACUACAGCACUUGAUGAUCUUGAUAAGCUUCAAAACAAGAAGCUUAUUUCAUUCGAGAAUUCGAUAUGGAAGGUUUGGCUUAGCUAUGAGUUCUUGAAAUCUCUUGAAGCGAUCGUAGACUCUGAAAUUAACAAAAGAGUUAUGAGCUUUUUGGAGAAGUUAUCUAAUGGGAAGGAGCUUCAACAAGAGGUUGAGGUAGAGUGUGAGGAUCUGUGGAGGCAACAGGAGAUUGAUGAUGGACUAAGCCUCAUUUGGGCAAUAGACAUUGUCAAGAAAAACAAUCACCAUGUCCAAGUUUUGAAGAUCUGGCAGGUUCUGCAAUCUUCUGAUGUUUCUCGUGCCACAGAACAUCUAGAGAAACAUUACAGGAGAUAUACGAAAACCAAGAUUAAACGGUGCAGAUACGUAUGCUCUCAAGGAGAUUUAGUUAUACCAAUGAAAUGGCCGGUCGAUUCCAGUUCUUGCACGAAAAAAGAUAUCGUAAGCGAUGUUUCAAGAUCGUUUGCAUUGCUGAGUGUUGUGGAGGAGGAGGAAACUGUGACUCCCAAACCAAUUAAGAAACAAGUGAAGAUGAGUAAAGUGUGGAAAAUUAGAAGAAAGGUUCUACUUUCAACAUCUAAAUCCUAAGUGAACUUUGACUGUUUCUGUUUGUUUAUUUUGUGUCUUGCUGUGAACUCUUUUCCUCCGUUUAUCUUUUGCCCUUUUUGUGUCAGAAAUACUAAUGGGGUUUUUUUGUGAGGAUUCUCAAGCCUCAUCCUUAUCUCUUGAAAUAGUUUGGAUUGCGGAUUUAGCGAAGCUCCUUAUGGGCCUAUGUAUUAACUAUACACUCGUUGGGAUUCGUCUCUUAAUUAAUCAAGUUGAAUACAACUUUUCAAUAAGCUCCAUGGAGACACUUGAUACACAGAGACUCAAGAAACGUAGAAACUUUUUCCACAAGUAUUGUUGAAUCCUGCAAAGUAUCAGCACAAAUGUAGUGACCGUAUUGCCCUGUCAAAUGAAAUGCCAAGUUGCAUCAGUGACUUGAAACUUCUGCUGCUUCUUGCCCACGUAAUCUCUGUAGAUAGGGACAUACUU